AUGAUGUUUGGCCAAGCUUCUGCAAAGAUCAGGCUUGGUUUGAUGAAUUGCUCGUCCGCUAGAGCUGUGUUGGGUAAUGUUAGGUUGCAUGCAGUUGGUUCUCGUUACAGUGUUCGGUUCGUUGGGGGUUUGAGCCAGAAAGACAGGCCAUCUGGUUUGAAUUUGCAACAAAGGGCAGACAUCUCUUCAACCAGUGAAGGUUCUUUGGUAAGCAACACCAAACCUUUCACUGAGGAAGAGUUGGAAAGGGCUAGACAGGAGCGUAUUAAGGGAUUGGGUCCUUGGGUUUCGAAACUGCCUGAAAAAUGGAUUCCUUAUGCUGAAUUGAUGCGUCUUGAGAAACCUGUCGGAACUUGGUUACUAUAUUUACCAGGUACAUGGGCCAUCACUAUGGCUGCAAUGCAGACGUCAGCCACUCUAGGGUCUACGGUGUGGAUGUUGGCCUUGUUUGGUGUGGGUUCCCUGGUCAUGAGAGGUGCUGGUUGCACUAUCAAUGAUCUGUGUGAUCGUAACUUGGAUGACAAAGUCAUCAGAUCCGUCGAGAGACCUAUUGCUUCUGGUAGGGUCUCGCAAAAGAAAGCCAUUGCGUUCUUGGGGGCUCAAACGGCAGUAGGUAUGGGGGUAUUGACUCAAUUGCCUGCUAAUUGCUGGUGGUUGGGUUUGGCAUCUUUGCCAAUAGUCUUCACGUAUCCUUUGUUUAAGCGUUUCACUUAUUACCCACAAAUUGCUCUAAGUGCUUGUUUCAACUGGGCUGCUCUGCUGGGAUUCCCUGCUAUGGGUAUAAUGGACUGGUCAACUAUGAUCCCACUGUACACUAGCAGUUUCCUGUGGUGUAUGAUUUACGAUACCAUUUAUGCUCAUCAAGACAAGAAAUUUGACAUUAAAGCAGGUAUUAAAUCAACUGCUCUAGCUUGGGGCGACAAGACCAAAACUAUCUGUAACACUUUGGCAACAAUUCAGUUCGGAUCAUUGGCUAUCGCAGGUAUUAACAGUGGAUUGAUACUGGGGCCAGGUUUUAUUGGUGGUUUGACUAUUUUUGCCUAUAGAGUAUUUACAAUGAUUAAAAAUGUCGAUUUAGACAAUCCAAAAGAUUGUUGGAAAGCCUUUAUCAGUAAUAUUGACACGGGGUUAUACUUCUCGUAUGCUCUAAUAUUUGAUUAUUUGUUGAAAUUAUUUGGAUUAUUAUAA